GCUUCCCACACCCACCGCUUUGCGACGACCACCGGAAGACUUCGAACCCUCUGGGAACGGGACGUUCACAACUCUGCGCCGCGGCCGGAACGCGCGCUGCUCAACCUGGUCGCCGAUCGGGUUCCGAGGCGACGACUCGCAUGCGCGAGCGUUUGGCAGGUGCAUCUGGCGCAUGCGCCAUGCGCGCUUCGUACUGGUAGUAUCACUGGCAGGUGUCCGAUUCGGCUUUUGCGCGUGAGCUUAGUCGCAGGUAUGGUCUAGGAGGGGCUGUGGGCGACUUGCGGAGUGCGGCUGAGCGAUACAGAGACGGUGCCGUUGGUAUAACUGGCAUGAAUGUUGUGCUUCGUCGAUGUCCUCGUACAGUACUUCACAACUUGCACUGAUCUUCUGCGUAAGUGUGUCUUGCCGAAGUGGACGCGCUCGACAGCCUGGUAAGCCAUAACGGAUGACACACCUCAAUAGCUGAACAUUGUAAGUUGCCUGUACGUGGGCGCCGUCUGGGUUCUCUAGGUAUCGCAGUUUCUGUUGUCGGUGUGUGGAGUAUUCACAGCGUGCUACAACGAUGAACUUUCAGGGAAGACAGUAGCUCUCGUCGGAUUGAAAGUCCAAGAACUGUAGAGGAGACAUUCUGUGCUUCCAGAUAGCCCGAACUCUUUCGCGGCGUUUUAAUGCAAUUUCAAAGAUCCGCGUCCCUGUAGGAAACAACCUUUUCAGCGGCGACGUACUAUGGCAUCCACCUGAAGAAAGCUUCUGUACAUGAGAAAUUCCUUCAGGCCUUUUAUGUUCCGUCGCAAAGUCUUCUGCAAUUGGCACGUGGCAAUGAACAGUGCGUAUGACAUGGGCCUGAGUAAGCGGUUGACUUGACAGCGAGCAUUUUGCUGAGCGCUUAGGUAUCUAUUACAAUUAGAUUACUAGGAAUUAUCUGAACUGUCCUCUGCUAUCCAUUUUUGAGGAUAAUAUGACGAUGUUUCUUAGCAGGCUAAGCUUUAUCGAGCAGGAAAGGAUUCAUAUUUGAAAGCCAUGUCAAGUGAGGUACGACAGUUCUGAACAUAGAAUGAAAGUUCUGACGAGGCUGUGGCUGUUCGUUCUUCUGUUCACGACUUUGUGUCCGACGCUCGAGCGCUAUGGUGUCCGAGUGGAAGGACGUUCAAUCCGCACUCGAUAUCCGGGACCGACUCCGAAAAGUGAACGCCUUAAUGCACUGGGUGCUAUACUCAAGCGGCACGUCUCCAAGCUGCGAAGUGCCCCGAGGGCGGAGCUGGUCUUUCUCGUCGAUAGCUCGGCGUCGGUGGGCGCAGAAAACUUCGUCAACGAGCUGCGCUUCGUGAGAAAGCUGCUGGCCGACUUCACGGUGUCGCACGACAGGACUCACGUGGCCCUUGUGACCUUCAGCUCGAAGAAGAAGGUGGUCCGCGAGGUGGACCACAUCACGGCGCCGUCGACCGAGAACCACAAGUGUGCUCUGCACAAUAGGCAGCUGGCCGGUGCGAGGUACUCUGGCGGUGGAACCUUCACCCUUGGGGCCAUGAAAGAAGCCAUGGACAUUCUCAAGUUUGCUCGCGAAGACGCUGUCAAAGCAGUGUUCCUGGUGACGGACGGUUACUCGAACGGAGGGGAUCCUCGGCCAUGCGCGAAGAUGCUGCGCGACGGUGAUGUGACGAUCUACACGUUCGGAAUACGCAACGGAAACGUACGGGAACUGCAGGACAUGGCCUCGACUCCAUACGACGAGCACUGUUACAUACUGGACAGCUUCGAGGAGUUCGAGGCACUCGCUCGAAGGGCUCUUCACGAAGAUAUGCACGUGGGCCCGCACCAGCUGGUGAACGCGACCGAGUGCGCGGGACUGUGUCCGGAAGGCGACCAAUGCUGUCACCACGAGGCGCUCUGCACGUGUGGCACAUCGUCGGGCCAGUACGCCUGCCUCUGUCCCAAAGGGCACUACGGAUCGGGACUCAGGGGAGACUGUCACCCGUGUCCUCGGGGCACCUACCAGCCCGUGGAAGCCAGCGGGGACGCGAGCAUCUGCGUUCCGUGCCCGCACGCGCACCAGAACUCGUCGCCGGGCAGCACCAGUGUGGCCCAGUGCCACUGCAAGAGGGGCUACAGCGCCGACGGCGGCACCUGCAAGGUGGUCCGCUGCGACCCGCUGAGUCCCCCCGACAACGGGUACAUGGUGAAUGCAGACUGCGAGGUCGUUUUCAACGCCGCCUGCGGAUUCCGCUGCAACGCCGGCUACCGCCUCAUCGGCAACAGCAUACGCGUCUGUCAACACGACGGCACCUGGUCUGGUAGCGAUCUCGAGUGUGAAAAGAAGAAAUGUUCCCCGCUGGAAGCGCCCCUUCACGGGUCCAUGAGCUGCUCCAGCGACUCGUUCGACUUCGACACGACGUGCGAGUUCGAGUGCCAGAGGGGGUACGCGCUGAUCGGCUCGCGCAAGCGGACCUGCCUGUCCAUCGCCCUGUGGGACGGCCUGCCCGCGCUCUGCCGACCCGUCACCUGCCCACCCUUGGUGGCACCGGCUAACGGGGCCUUGAGCCCGUCCCACUGCAGCGAGACGAAGUCGUCGUUCGGCGAGGACUGCACUGUCACCUGUGCCGACGGGUUCCGCGUUUCGGGCCCCGACACUCGCCACUGCCUCGGCACGGGAGCGUGGAGCGAGCCCGACGACGUGACCGUCUGCGCUGGUACCGAGCCUCCUGUCAUCAGAAACUGCCCAGGUGACAUUGUGGUCAACUCGGAACCAGGUUACGGAGAAGCGAUCGUCGACUGGGAGGUGCUUGAAGCUGUGGACAAGACCGGAGCUUCGGUCUUCCUCAACGUGGCUCCAUCUGUGAUGCCGCCACACUUGUUCCCCAUAGGAGAACACGAAGUGUCGUACUGGGCCGAAGACGAGUGGGGAAACAUGGCGUUCUGCAACUUUACCGUGACGGUAGCAGACGAGGAGCCACCAUUUGUUGAAAGCUGUUCCGACCCGCCUGAAGCGUUUUCUGACGGGCAAUCAUUCGCAUAUGUGUCCUGGGAGGAGCCGGCGUUCUGGGACAACUCGGGGGAAGAUGUGAAGCUGUGGCAGUCCCACAGUCCAGGAGUGUUUCCUGUGGGCGAUACGCUAGUCACAUACGUAGCAACCGACACCUCUGGAAACAACGCCUCUUGUGUCAUCAAGGUCACUGUGAGAGAGCACCGAUGUACCCAGCCACCUGCUCCAGCCAAUGGGAACGCUGACUGCCAAAGCACCACUUCCGGUGUCACUUGCAUAAUUUCUUGCUUGGAGGGUUAUGAUCUUGAGCCAGACAGCCCCAGUGAGUUCUUGUGCACCUUCGCCGAGGGAUGGACUCCCUAUCGACCGGAGUCUUUUCCCGACUGCUCUGAGUCUGUGCGAUCAACGGCGGCGACGGUAAAAGCGAGGAUGCUGUAUUCCGCGCCGCUAGGAUUGGAGUGCGAUGAAACAACGCAAAUGAAUAUGCGCGACCACAUCCAGAUGAAGCUGGCAACGCAGGCGACCAUGUGUCCCGAAGGUGUGAGCUGCGCUGUUGAAGACCUGCGUGUCGAUUGCUCUAUGGGUGACCCGACACCGAGCGGCCACCGGUACAAACGCUCGAAGGAGACGGAAAUCGGCGUCUCUUUCCGUAUCACAGGUUCGCACAACGAAAGAACAUCCUCCUCCCCAUCCGACAAACAUAUUCUCUCAGCCAUGAAAGCAUUUCUGGCGAGUCUGAAAGAGGCCGUGCUUCGGAAGGAGCUGGACGUCACCCUGGAACAAGGCGACCUGACUGCAACGGCACUCGAAGAGUCGGAAGACGACGCCCGUUUGGUUUGUCCACCGGGAAGCAUUCCCUCGCUGUCGCAUUGCGUGAAGUGCCCCGUGGGAACUUAUUUCGAUUCUUACAACAAGACUCAAGCUAAAUGCCGACCCUGUCCCAAGGGCACAUUCCAGACGAGCGAAGGACAGGAGAUCUGUGUCCGCUGCCCGAACCGCACUUCCACUGUCGCUGCAAGGUCCAAGAGCGAGCACGAGUGCAAAGAGCAGUGCAGGCCGGGCACUUUCUCAGAGACGGGGUUAAGACCGUGCAAACGUUGUCGCAAGUCCCACUACCAGCCCGAUUACGGAACGGCAAGCUGUACGCCGUGCCCAAGUGGGACGCGGUCCAAGCGUCGAGGGUCCGUAAGCGUAAAAGAAUGUGAAGCGCUUUGUUCUCCUGGUUUCGUGUCCAAGUCUGGCGUCGUGCCUUGCUUCAAGUGUCCGAACGGGUAUCACCAGCCUAAGCAGGGACAGAAGGCGUGCCGCAGAUGUCCCGACGGCGCCGAGGACGCGGCGAUGGCCCAGGACAAGGCGGUCUCCGGUCACUGCAACGGCUCUGUUCCAUCAGCGGAGAGGGUGGACUUGCGAGAAUUUGUGGAAGCCAAUCCUUGCCUAUCGCAACCAUGUUUAAACGGAGCGACAUGUUUCGCAGUGCCUGCUGGUUUCCUGUGCGUGUGUCAACCUCUAUUUGCAGGGCCGCGAUGCGAACGUAGGAGAAACCAGUGCACCAGGAAUCCGUGCCGUUUUGGAGCGACAUGCAGCGAAGAACCGGGUGGCUUCAGCUGUCAUUGCCCUGCCGGCCGUACAGGGACAGACUGCUCGGAAGACGUCGACGAAUGCGCCUCGACCCCUUGCCUGAACAAUGGCACUUGCGUGAACACGUUAGGCAGCUUUAGCUGCAGCUGCAAGCAGGGAUUCGGAGGUCAAACCUGUGCUGUGGACGAGGACGAAUGUCUGAGCGCACCCUGCCUGAACGGAGGCACGUGCUUAGAUCAGCCCGGAAACUUCAGCUGCCUCUGUCCCGCUCUGUUCGGGGGCCGCUGGUGCGAGGAGGAACUGGACGCCUGCGCUAGUGGGCCCUGCCUCAACGGCGCGAAAUGCGUGAACCUGGGAUCCCGCUAUCGAUGCGUGUGCUCAGCCGGAUACGAUGGUGAGCACUGCGAUAUAGAUAUCGACGAGUGCUCCGCUGCACCUUGCAACGAGGGGUCAACGUGCCUAGACCUCGUGGGCAGAUUCGAGUGCUCGUGUCCACCUGGACUCACCGGAAGAUUGUGCGAGUCAGAAGCGGACCCUCGUUUCAAGCUUUACUUCUCCGGCACGAGUGUGUUUGACAGGGCAUCCGUCGAGUCGUUGAGGAAGCCAUUGAAGGAGCUGACAGCUUGUAUGUGGAUGAAGACGACGGACAGAUACAACUACGGAACACCGUUCUCUUACGCAGCGGAUGGUGUCGACAACAUGCUGACUUUCACAGACUACAGCGGCUUUGUAUUGUACGUCAACGGACACCGCACUAUCACGGACGUCACAGCAAACGACGGCUACUGGCACCACGUGUGCUUCAGCUGGUCUUCGGCGGAAGGCCUGUGGAGCGUCGUCAAGGACGGCAGACUGGCGGAGAGUGGCGCCGGACUGGCUGCCGGCACAGAAAUACCAGCGAACGGCACCCUGGUCCUCGGCCAGGAGCAAGACAGGCGAGGAGGCAGCUUUUCCAUCUCGGAGUCCUACUCCGGCGAGAUGACGCAAGUGAACGUGUGGAGCACCGUGCUGAGUGUCGACGAAGUGGCCCCACUCCUUACCCGCUGCCAGUUCUACUUCGGCGACGUGGUCGCGUGGACCGACUUUAAGGAACGCCUGAGAGGGCACAUCUCGGCAGUCAGCUGGAGAUUUUGCCAAGGGUGUCCACCGCCUCCAGCGCCCAUCCACGGAUUGGUCAGCUUCUCGACGACCAGUACUGCAUCCGUAGCCACCUACAGCUGCGACCAGGGACACGACGUUCAGCGGGCCACAACCCGUAGGUGUCUCGCGUCAGGGGAGUGGUCGCAUCCGAUACCAGUGUGCAUCGGCGUACCAUGCGAAAUUCCAGCAGAACCAGUAAACGGCAGCGUCCGAGGAACGGGGUUCCGGUACUCGGCCAAGGUCACCUACGUCUGCAGCAGGGGCUACCGCAUACUCGGUUCUGCCGACAGACGCUGCCAAGAGGACGGGCGCUGGAGCGGAGAAGAACCACAAUGCGAGAGCAUCACAUGCGAGACCCAUCCGCAAGUCACAAACGGUGUGCUGGCUCCCUUCAACGAGAGCCAGUUUCGGCCGGGCAGCAAGCUACGAGUCACCUGCGAAAAGGGUUACGAGUUUCGAGAGAGGGAACUCGUGUGCACGGAACACGGGGAGUGGAGCCCUCUCAACGCCAUCUGCCAGCCAAUCAGCUGCCAGGAACCGCUCACGGUAGCCAAUGGUGUCGCGGGACUCGUCUCGGAAAUGGACGGUGCGCGCGUCGUCGUGACGGUCACUUACUCUUGCCGCGAGGGGUUUGUGCUUAGAGGUUCGCAGACCCUGACCUGUGACGUAGAAGUGGGGACGUGGUCGCACGACCCACCGACGUGCGAGCGCCUGUCGUGCGGGCAACUCACGAACCUACCGGCAGGAGUCUUGUGUGAAGCUGGUGACAGGCACUUCUUCGGAGACGUCGUGAGCUGUCACUGCGAUCUUGGCUACAAGGUUUCUGGUCGCAUGGAGAUAGUCUGCCUGGCGAACAAGACGUGGUCUUCGUUGGAAGCGACUUGCACGCCUAUGAAGUGUCCAACGCCCGCAAAUCCUCAACACGGCGAAGUAACUGCCGCGAGCUUGGAGUAUGGAGCCAUGGCCAAUUACCUGUGUCACCCUAAUUACACUCUACUGGGAACCCGCUGGAGAAGGUGCAGCUACGAUGGGUCGUGGAGCGACCACGAACCAACGUGCGUUCCUCUCGAGUGCCCGCCUCAUCUACCUGUCGCUAAUGGCAGAGUCACCGGAUCGGGCCGGACACUGGGCAGCACGGUCUCGGUCACGUGCUCCCGCGGCUUCGAGCUGCGCGGCGCCUCUGCGCGAAUCUGCCACAACGCUGCACUGUGGUCGCCACCCAAGACGCCGUUGUGCGAGCCUGCGCACUGCUCCGAGCCUAUCGUGGGGCCGCACGCGGUCCUCUCAUACACGGACACUGCUCUGGGCAGCACGGCACGCUUCUCUUGCGCUGACGGCUACGUCCUGGUGGGCAACGAGGCGGCGGUGUGCGGCUGGGGCGGACUGUGGGCGCCGUCGAUUCCCGACUGCGUACCGGUGGACUGCGGACCGCCACCCCCGUUAGAGCACGGACAAGCAGUGGAGUCAGAGAGCACGAAGUUCCAAAGCGUGGCCAAGUACAGCUGCCGAGAGGGUUUUCGUCUGCUGGGCUCUGGCCAAAGAACGUGCACAGCGAACGGAACGUGGAAUGGUGACAUCGUGUGCGACGUCGUAUCGUGUCCCGAGCCAGAAGAAGUGCCCCACGGUACUGCUGUCUACGCAAGCACCACCUAUGGUUCUAGCGUUGAGUACCAGUGCGACCCCUGGUUCCAACUGCACGGAGUCCAACAGAGGACGUGCCUUGCCGAUGGAACAUGGUCGGACUCAGCUCCGCAGUGUCAGCCGACGUCGUGCACAGUGCCGAGGCCAAUCAAGCAUGGACGGGUCCACACCACGCAGUCCUUCAGUCUGUUCGCUUGCGAACGGGGCUUCAGACUCGUUGGGCCCAAAGCUCUUAGGUGCCGCGCUGAUGGAACCUGGAGCGGCGAGCUUCCCGAAUGCGUUCCCAUGAACUGCUCACUUCAUGGACAAGUGGCCAACGGGAGACUAGUCCAGGACGACGCAACGGGGGAGACGGUUCGUGCGUCCUGCGACCCGCGCUACCGGCUGCACGGCGUCGACCGCUGGACGUGCCAGGCUGACGGGUCGUGGAUGGUGCCCGGAGAGACCACGUGUCUUCUUGCCGAGUGCCCUCCCCCCGACCCUCCCGUCAACGGAGUCGUCUCGGGAACUAAUUUCAACAUAUCGAGCGUCGUCUUCUAUCACUGCAACCCGGGCUACACCCUCGACGGCCUGCAGCAACGCACCUGCCUGGACACCGGACAGUGGGAGAGUGACGUGCCAAAUUGCAACCCGGUGCAAGGAUGCGGCACGGCAGCACGCCCAUGUCCAGACUCCUCCUGCCCGGAACCUCGGCAACCCCUCAAUGGCCACGUCAUCUACGACCGACUCACGGUGGGGGGCAUAUCCAACUACACCUGCCAGCCCGGGUACCGCCUGUCGGGCCCAACCUCCAGGCUUUGCAGUCGUGACGGACGCUGGGAAGGCAGGGAGCCCUCGUGCCGAGCCAGACGGUGCCCCCCUCUGCAGGUCACACCGGAGCACGCCCGCGUGGAUUACACGGGAUUCACUCAGGGCCACAACGCCACUUUUUCCUGCGACAAGGGUUACUCGGCCAGAGGACUUUCGAGAUCCGUCUGCCAGUCCGACGGUUCUUGGAAGCGGGAGGGAAUCUUCGAGUGCCUCCGCGACCAUUGCCCACCCUUGCAGAGCCCAGCCCGAGGAAGGCUGAUCCUGGAGGGCGCCUGGCUGGGCGCCAAGGCUCACUACGAAUGCGACGCUGGUCACAAUAUCCUUGGCGGUGCCUCUCGCGUCUGCGAGCCAGACGGCACCUGGAGCGGAACGGAGGCCUCCUGUGUCCCCCCUUGACGACUCGGAAGGCAGUAGUGCGUCUGUGUUCUUCGCGGAGGACUGUGCACAAUGACAGAAACUUGGACGUGGAAGAUCAACGCGACUUUAAUUGUACACAGGAAUUCUAGUACUAGUCUUAGAGAGAUAUAGAGAGAUGUCUUUAACGAAAGCCGGAAGUGUCUGUCUGGACGACAGCCCGGCAUUCUACUCCUAGUGUUGCGUGAAAGAUAUAUGUAAACAGCGAGCAGACAAACACGCAAACGAGGCAUACACCUAUAGGCAAGCACGGACUCAAAAUGUUCAUAAAGUCGUGAGCAUUAGGAACCGUUCAGUGUUAUUAAUGCAAUUAGCAUUCUUUGGGAACUUGACCCAGUUUGCGAUAUGUUUGUGCUUUCCUGCUUCUUUGUCCGUAUCUAACCUCUCUACUGCCAACUUGGAUCAAUGGGUUGUCCAUGGUCUAAGGGGUAGAGUAUUGGGCUGCUAUGCAGGGAGAAAUGGAGUCGAAACCAACCGUCAAACCUAUUAAGGCCGCUGGGUGUAUGUGCUGCUCUUCAGUGAACCUUUCACGCCAACUUCGAUCACUGGGUAUGUACCACUGGGCAUUGUCUCGUGUCUGCAACAAAAAAAAUUGCAGUUUCGUCUGAAAGGCGAAACAUUGAUUGCGAUAGCAAAAUAGUAGACAGCUAUACGAAGUAAUGAUAGUAGUUUCAUCGGCCAUGUAAACUUGCAAACAUUCGCUUACUGAAUUAACAAGCAUGGUGUCACGCACGCGCAAGAAAACAUGAGCACAUUUCACUCGACAACCGCGGAAACUCGCUGUCAAAACGGCAGCAGCAGCGAGGAAAUUGACAUUAGUGCUGCCUCUCGCUUCAGCGCGAACAGCAGCGAAAAAAAAAAAAUGCACGGCGGACUCUGCCCCCGUCGCAGAUCGUUUUCAAGAUGAGGCCCACGCGGCCACACCGUACGCAGCAGCUGCCGGACUAGAACGCCGCCCCCGUAACCCCAAUGCCUUGCGCGCGACGGAAGACGGCGCGCUUCCUCCCCACUUUCCUCCCUUGCGCGCGAAAGUUUACCGCCAUCGUCUGCUCACCCUCGCACUCUUUCACUCGCACAUACAGCAUAAGGCGCGCGGCGACGAUGUCGUCGACCUUGGAUUUAUAGGGAACAUCACGGUGACGGCAGAAAUGCGCCUGGAGUGUCCAUAUAAUUGAUAUCACAAUAAAAUCCUUUAAAAUUUAUGCGGUUAUUGGGCGGUAUCGAAUCAACUCUAUCUAUAUUCAGGAUAUCUUGUCUGAAUAUAUAUAUGGCGUCCCACGUAAACUUGAGCUAAAAGAAAUAUAUGCGAUGGCUAUAAAGCUAGAACUUCGCGGCAACGCCACUGCAUGGCGCAUCGUGUCUAGAGAAAAGCGCGAGGAGCUAAGCUGCAGUGCACGCCUUAUAGAGGAUGUGCUUUGGCGGUGGCAAUACGGUGUAUCGCUACGUUUCUUGAAUACUUAGCGCUUUAAUAACGUCGAUAGUCGUCCUGGGAUUGUUCCCAUAGCUGGACAUGUGAAUAACUAGCCUUAGUGUUCAGUCUAGCCCCAUCCAUAUAGUUUCAUAAUAUUACUAGAGGGAACUGUGGCGCUAGUGUCUACGGGAGCUGCAAGCAGGACCAUUCAGUCAGCAUGGGAAUGAUGGGUAGUACAUGGAUUUUCCUGAACUUCGUCUUUCUGGCUUUAAAUGACUUCGUGACUUGGCAAAGUGAUCAUUUAUAAGUACUGAGUAAUGAAUUUAAUUAAACAUCAAAAUUUUCCGUCGGCACGAUUGGAACACAGGACCUCAAGCACAGAAGCCCGACAUGGAAACCAUUACGCCACGGACGCAUGGACAUGCGGAACCACUGCAAUGAACAGCUAUUAUGGGUGCUCAGAGCCUUGCUACCCUCUGCAGCAAAAAAAAGGAGUAUAGAUUGGUUUGAAAUUUAGACCAAUUCAGACCCGUAUAAAACCGUAAUAAACGAAGCCACAAAAACGUUUGAAGCCUCAAGCACGAAGAUCAGACAAAUCCAUGUACUACUGAUCAUUUCCAUGGUGGCUGAAUGAUCGCAGCACCAGAGUUCCCUCUAGCAAUUGUAGGAAACUCUAUGCCCCCAUCUAACUCGGGCCACAUCCGAUGAGGAUGAAGAUUACCGCAUUCCAUCAAUACCUUCUUUUUCUGUUAGCGAAACUUGGGAAAACUUGAUAUGCCGCCCAAAGUAGCCGCGACUCCCAUGGUAGCUGAACGACCGCAGCGCCAGAGUUCCGUCUAGCAAUUGUAGGAAACUCUAGACCUUCAUCUAACUCGGGCCACAUCCGCUGGUGAUCAAGAUUACCUCAGUCCUUCAAUACCUUUUUUUUUCAUUCGCGAAACUUCGGAAAGCUCGAUAUGCCACCCAAGGUAACCGCGAAUCCCAUGGUAGAUGAACGACCGCAGCGCCAGAGUGCCCUCUAGUAAUUGUAGGAAACUAUGCUCCCAUCUAACUCGGGCCACAUCCGCUGAGAAUCGACGUUACCGCAGUCCUUUACAUUUUUUCAAGCGAAGCUUGUAUUGUAUUCAUAAGUGGCAGUCUGGUCACGCAACAACCCAGUCGCUCCCAGAGCAGAGCAGCUGCGGGAAAGGGCGGUUUGAUGAGUUGACAGCUGGGCCAGCGCCCGAGCGUCAUUAGCAAGGAUCCCAGCUGCAUAGGCGCGCGCUCACGCCACGCGUGCGACCAAUCACAGCCGUUUCGCUUCCGCCGGGGAGGAAAAGGGCAAGAAUUUCGCGCGCGCUGCGCCGGCUUCGUUAUGUUCAGUUAAACGGAUGGGACGGCCACGAGGGAUUGAGCGCGUGAGCGAAACGCUGCGCGAUCUCAGCUUGGACUGCCUCGCGUCGGCGCGCCUAGCUACACAGCUACGGCGCGGCACAUUCAACUCUCAGUGAGCAGAUUUAUAUCAUGCAAUAAAGUGCUUAAUCUUU